GUCCUGCUGUGACCAAACUAAAGAGAAACACUUCUGUCUCAGCACAGUUCAGCGAUUGCGCUUCAAAGGAAGUUUUAAAAGUCACCAACAUUCUUACUGAUUGCUUCGCCAAAAAGAUGAUUACCAAAAUGGCGCCCACCAACGCUCUGGGAAGAAUGGUACUUUGCGGCUGUAUGUUAUUUCCGCUAGUGGAAGCUUCAUUUUGCGGACCUCCACCUCUUCCAACCAAUGCUGCUAUUCGCUCUGAGUCAUCAAAGCCAACAUCAAGCGGUUACAACGAAGGAACCCUAAUAUUGUACACUUGUAAGCCAGGAUAUCAACGCUUGUCUGGACUUGUUUUUGUGAAGUGCUUAGGAACAACGUGGACGAAGUCAACAUUCAUUUGUGUAGCUUCGAAAAAGUGCCGAAGCCCACGCGUGCCCAAACAUGGUAAAAAAUUUGGCAGUGCUUACUCUGUUGGCCAAAGGGUGAUAUUUUCAUGUAAUACUGGAUUUGUCUUGCAAGGAGCCGCAGUAAUAGAGUGCUUGAAAAAUAAAACCUGGAGCAAAGCAGUGCCUAUGUGCAAAGUUGUUGACUGUGGAAGUCUGACAGCUCCAACCCAUGGGAAGAAAAUCAAGGAGACUAAAACUACGUUCGGUGGUAGAGCUGAUUUUAUUUGCAGGAACAAGCGAUAUUCAAUCGUUGGUAGUCGUAGAAGGUUUUGUCAAGCAAAUGGUGAAUGGAGUGGCAAGCCAACUCUUUGUAAAGCUCAUUGCAGAAACCCAGGAGUGCCAGUUGGAGGACGCAGAAUUGGGAACAACUUUAAGCAUGCAAAACAAGUGAGUUUCCACUGUCAAAAAUCACUGAAGAUUCAAGGGCCCAGGAGAAUCAUUUGUUACGAUGGGACCUGGAGUGACCGUAAACCCAAGUGUCUGCCCCCUUCCCAGGUGAAAGAUUAUUCCAAAUGCGGUGAGAGGAAGAGAAUCCGCCUUUCUCGAAUGGUGGGUGGUGUGAUUAGCACCCGAGGAAUGUGGCCUUGGCAGGCUGGACUUUAUAGAAUUGACAAGACGACCGGGAGAGAACAUUUUCUCUGUGGAGCUGCCCUAAUCGAUCGACAGUGGAUAAUCACUGCUGCCCACUGCUUCAUGUACACAAGCUCGGAUGAUCACAUUAGAAAAUCUCUCAUUUCACCACCAGAAUUGUACAAGAUUAAGGUCGGUGACACUGUGCGCACCGUAGAAGAAGCCUCGCAACGCGUGUAUUUUGCCACCAAAAUUAUCAUGCAUCCCCAAUACCACGACGACUACAAAGAAAACGAUAUUGCCCUAGUCAAGUUAUCUUUCAGAGUCACACUCACUCAGAAUGUGCGAAAAGUUUGCCCUCCACAGGCAGAAAACAGCUCGUCAUUCCACGAAAGGGUGACGCCGCCUGGAGCUCAUGGAUUUGUUGCCGGUUGGGGAUCCACCCAAGUGCUUAAUCCAGGAGAGACGGCCAACUCGGAGAGUUCCUCAUCAGAGGUAUUAAGGUCUGCUCAGUUUCAAAUUCAAGACUCGAAACUUUGCCAAAACUCGACUGACUAUCACUUUAACGAGUCGUUAGAAUUUUGCGCUGGAAGCGAUAGAGAUGGAAUCGGACCGUGCACAGGUGAUAGUGGAGGUCCUUUUGUUAUGAGGGUGUUGAUGGGUGGUGCUUUGAAAUGGGUCGUCGUUGGUCUUGUUAGUUGGGGAGAGGGCUGUGGUAUUUACGGUCGAUAUACAUAUUACACAAGGCUAGCACCAUACAUAGACUGGAUACAUCAACAUGUUCGAAAGUAGAUGAGCUGAGGUAUUAUUUUCUCCUGGCCGAAGAGAAGCUGACCCAACGAGCAACACAGCUUGCAUUACAAUUAGAUAAAUUCAAUGUAUUUUUGUAACAUUAAGUAAGGUGCUUGUCUUUUUUUCUAUAAGAUCAUGGAUAGAGGCAAACAGACAAAAGUGUGUUUCCUACGAUCGCAGAGGCAGUUAAACGUUUCUGACUUUUCUGAAUGCUUGAAACAGCCAUGUAAUCCAGUCACUUUUUAAAAUGAAAAUGAACUUAGGUGGCGUUUCCAUAUGGAGUGAGGUGAUUUCGUUUCUUUUCCAUUUCACAAGAAGAGAAACAGGCAACACAUUCAUAACGUUGCAUUUCAGGUCGAUUGUUAAGGUAUCUUUCGGCAAAACAUAAGAUAAAGAACAAAAAGGCUAUGUACAUCAACCUCUUUCUUUCAUAUUAUUGAACUCCUUCACCUUCAUCAUUAAAGCUAUAGCCGGACUUUA